AGACUCGGCUGUCCGUCCCAUUUCGCUCGGCAGCUGCGGCGCGGCGGCUUUUGGGGGACGAGAUGCUGUGACACUCAUGUCAAAUGAACAGAAAUGCCACGGAGCUUUUUGGGUGGGUGUGGGUGUCAUUCACCUGAUCACCGAGCUUGCAGUUUAACCCGAGUGAAGGCGAAGAAAAGAGAAUGCUAAAGGAUGAGUCAGAGGGACACACUGGUUCAUCUGUUUGCUGGAGGCUGUGGGGGCACAGUCGGCGCCAUCUUGACGUGUCCACUGGAGGUUGUAAAGACGAGGCUGCAGUCUUCCUCGGUGACGCUCUACAUCUCUGAGGUGCAGCUGAGCUCCGUGAACGGGGCCAGCGUCGCCCGUAUGUCGCCUCCCGGACCCCUGCACUGCCUUAAAUUGAUUUUGGAGAGAGAAGGUCCUCGUUCACUCUUUCGUGGCCUCGGACCUAACCUGGUGGGAGUGGCUCCGUCCAGAGCGAUCUACUUUGCAGCCUACUCAACGGCCAAAGAGAAGCUAAAUGGCGUACUUGAGCCUGACUCCACGCAGGUGCACAUGGUCUCCGCCGGCCUUGCAGGGUUCACAGCGAUCACGGCCACCAAUCCUAUCUGGCUCAUAAAGACUCGCCUACAGUUGGAUGCCAGGAACCGUGGAGAGAGGCGCAUGAGUGCAUUUGAGUGUGUUAGGCGCGUGUAUAAAGCCGAUGGACUACGCGGCUUUUACCGUGGCAUGUCGGCCUCCUAUGCGGGCAUUUCUGAGACUGUCAUUCAUUUCGUCACCUAUGAGAGCAUCAAGCGGAAGCUCCUCGAAUCCAAGGCGAGUGCCAACAUGGAUGAUGAAGACGAAUCGGUGAAGGACGCCUCCGACUUCGUCGGCAUGAUGCUGGCCGCUGCCACCUCCAAAACCUGCGCCACAUCCAUUGCGUAUCCACAUGAGGUGGUCCGUACUCGGUUGCGAGAGGAGGGCAGCAAGUACCGUUCGUUCUUCCAGACUCUAAGCAUGGUGGUUCGAGAGGAAGGAUACAGAGCACUGUAUCGAGGCCUCACCACCCACCUUGUCCGCCAGAUCCCCAACACAGCCAUCAUGAUGUGCACCUACGAGCUGGUCGUCUACCUGCUCAACGGCUAAAACCGUAGAAGAAGAGAAGAGGAGAAGGUCAAGAGAAAGAGGAGGGCUAUGGAGAGUGGACAGUGCAAAGAGAAAUUUGUCCCUUUACGAGACCAAAGGAAGCAGAGAGAGAGAGAGAGAGAGAAAGAGAGAGAAAGACAGACAGAGAGGGUAAGGACAAAAGAGCUUUAUGGGCCUGACCUCAAGGAGGUGCUGUUGGCACAUGGCAGGAAUUAGUGCUGGUUUUGAAGCAACAAAAGUGGAAGCUUACUUCAAACCAAGCCAAAAGAGAGAUGAGAGAGGUAGGAAAGUAAGGAAAGUUGGCUUGUUUCUCUUCUGAAUCUGUAAUGUGAUGCAGUCCUUACAGGACUGUCAAGAGGGGAAUGCUUGAAAAUUAGUAAAUGUCAACUGAAUUCAUUCACAAUGAGACUUUUUGGCCAUUUCUUUCUGAAAUUCUGAAUGCUUCUUUUAUGAAGCUUUAUAUAUAUAUAUAUAUAUAUAUAUAUAAUAUAUUUGGGUUGUUUUUUUUGUUUUGUUUUGUUUUGUUUUUUCAUUUGCAAAACUUUCAGUGUCAUCCUGGCAGCCAGCAACAAAAUCAAUUUCAUAUUUGCCAGUGAUGUCUCAAACAUGAGCAAAGAAUUGUUUACUUUCAAACAUUUCCCUCUAGAGGUCAGGGUUUCCACAGUGAUGAUGGCUCCCCACGCACACAUGAACGCUUGGCGUUUGAUCCACGUGUCGACGCCUAGCAAUCAGAUCCGUGAUCCUUUUUUUGCGUACUUCAAACUGAAGUGUUCUCUGUUCUGUUUGGAUUUUUUGAACAUCCUUCUUGUCUGAGUGUUUAUAAUGACCAUACCUUUUUUUUCCCCUACUACAUGUCUGUUAAUACCCACAUGACUGGCGAUAGAGGACACACUGGCUAGGACUAGAAAAUGGCGGUACUUGAAUUAAAAAGCUCUCAGUAUUUUACCCAGGAAACACAAAAUAUCAAGGAAUUAACUCCUGUCCCACUUAACUCUUUUCCUGUGGUUACACAAAGCUCCAGAAAAUUCGUUCCACCCUUCUGCUUCCCCAGACAGUGGCUUU